GCAUUACAAAGUCUGAUUUGCAUUCGUCAUCAGCUGUUGACAGCUGACAACUCACGCAGCGAAAAGAAAACGAAUUCCGAUUUUGACCAACAAAAAUUCGGCUAAUCUUGCGGUGCCAAUCUAUUAACUAGCGAUAUCCUGUGAUGGCCGGAUACAGUGAAGAACAAUUCUGGGCAAACCAAAACAAUCAAUCGACGGCAUACGAUGGAUUUGGAGAUCAGUCGCAGAAUUUCGAAUUCCAGUCAUUCGAUCAAAAUGCCAGCUUUUUCCCGCCGAACGCAUAUCCUUCGCCACAACAACAGCAAGCUUACGGCCAGCCGUCGAUUUUCACCCCAGAGAUUCCGUCCGCUGGAAUGAGUCAAGCUUUCGGCGUUCCGGGCGACAUUCCAGGUGCUGCAGGAGUAGAACCCAGUGAAUUUGAUGAACCUCCACUUCUGGAUGAACUGGAAAUCUAUCCACAGCGUAUCAUGGACAAGUCGAUGGCAGUGUUGAAUCCUUUUCACAAGCAAGGCCUCGUAGACAAUCCUGAGUAUUUCUUCAAAGAAACAGACCUCGCGGGACCGAUCGCAUUUUGUCUGACGUUAGCUGCUUGCCUGUUCGUGUCCGGAAGCAAAGCCCAGUUCGGCUACAUUUACGGUCUCUGCAUCAUCUCCGUUGUGGUGAUGUACGUUCUCAUAACUUUGAUGUGUAAUUCGACGGAGAACUAUGUCACGAUAACGGCCGUGGCCAGCAUUCUAGGUUACAGUAUUUUACCGAUCGUUUGGCUCUCAAUCGUUGGGGUCUUCUUUGCUUUAAAUUCGACGUUCGGAAUUAUACUCGCAGCUUGUGCCAUCUUCCUUGCAACCAUGAGCUGCAGUCGUAUCUUCUGCAUUAUGACCGGCGAUCAAAAUCAGCGCUAUUUGAUUGCUUACCCAUGCGCUUUAGUUUAUAUUAUUUUUACGCUUUUAGUGCUGUUCUGAGGAGGCAAAUGUAUGUAUUUCUUUUUGUCCUACCCAGUAAAAUGAUCUAAUAAAAGAAUUACAAUUACUAAUUUUCGUAA